AUGGAGAAGGGAGAAAAUUCAGAAAGACCAGACGGUCCACAGAAUGAUACGAACACGAGUAACAAAGGAAACGCUCACAUCACUGUACCGAUUCCAGAUGAAUACCUGGGACAAAGUCGCGCCAAACAGUGCGCAACAAAAUGUCUGCGAGGAUCAAAAGAAAACUUGAUCUUGAUCUUGCUACUAAGUGCUGUGAUCGCGGGUGUGUCCUUGGGAUUUAUCAUCCGGGCGGCGCGGGCCGAGGGGUACAGCAAACGUGAUAUCAUGUACAUUACGUUCCCUGGAGAACUGCUGAUGAGGAUGUUAAAAAUGCUGAUUCUACCUUUGAUAGUCUCUAGUCUAAUCGCCGGCAUUGCCGGACUGGACGCGAAGACAUGCGGACGGAUGGGACUUCGAACCAUGGCAUAUUUCGCCACCACAACUAUGAUGGCUGUCAUCCUCGGUAUCAUCCUCACCGUCACCAUUCAGCCCGGGGGUGGGGCAAGCAGGGACGAGAUUCCACGCUACGGGACACCGAAAAAAGUCCACCCUGUUGACACCUUUCUCGACUUAAUCAGAAACCUCUUUCCAAGCAACCUGAUCGUCGCCUGUUUCGAUUCGUUUAGGACGUCACAAAAGAUUGCCGACGUUGAGGAUUCGCCAGCAACCUCACAAGAUAUGACCACGUCGUCCGUUGAUCUGAACUUUACGUCAACUACUCCAGUCACGACGAAAAUGGUAUACGACAUCAUCAGAAACUUGACGGCAAACAUGACGAAUACGACGUUUGAGGAACCCAAAAAACAGGAACUGGUACCCUACCCGGAUCACACCGGAAGUACAAAUGUCCUUGGCCUCGUGGUUUUCUCCAUCUUCAUGGGAAUCAUCAUCGGCCGGAUGGAAGAGAAAGGAAAGCCAAUCUUGGACUUCUGUAUAGCUCUCUCCGAAGCCACAAUGAAACUUUUCGUCAUCUUCAUCUGGUAUUCUCCAGUAGGAAUUGCCUUCCUCAUUGCUGGGAAAAUUGUGAGCAUGGAGGAUUUCGGUGUCCUUCUUGGGAAAGUCGGCCUGUACUUCUCCACCGUGAUAUGCGGACUGGCCAUUCACGGCUCCAUUAUUCUGCCCUCUAUCUAUUUUCUGUGUACCCGGAAAAACCCGUACAAAUUUGUUCUGGGCAUUCUGCAAGCUUUGGCCACCGCCUUUGGCACAUCAUCAAGUUCGGCAACACUUCCGAUAACUCUUCAUUGUUUGGAGGUUAAUAAUGGGAUAGAUCCCCGUGUCAGCUCAUUUGUCAUCCCCGUAGGAGCGACCAUAAACAUGGAUGGUACAGCAUUAUACGAAGCAGUGGCAGCCUUAUUUAUUGCGCAAGUCAACGGCAUGGCGAUGGGUUUUGGUGAAGUCGUAACUAUUAGUAUCACGGCGACUGCUGCUUCAAUAGGCGCUGCUGGCGUGCCGCAGGCGGGGCUUGUUACCAUGGUGAUCGUGCUCUCGGCUGUCGGAUUGCCAACAGAGGACAUGACGCUGAUUCUUGUUGUCGAUUGGUUCCUGGAUCGCUUCCGGACUAUGACGAAUGUGCUCGGUGAUAGCCUCGGGGCUGGCAUCGUCCAUCAUCUUUCCAAGGAAGAGCUGGCACCGAUUAAUGCUGAUAACAUGCCCCGUGCAUCGUUCUGCGCAGGCGUACAGGCGGAGAAAGGUAAACAGAAUCAUCCUGAUGGUUCAUCUAACGCCACACCUGUGUGA